UGUCACUCCUUAUCGACUCAGCAUUCUCAUUUAAAUUCCCUACAAUAUUUUCCCAAAUCGAUUCCAUAGUUACGAUGAAUGAAAUUGAUUACAUAAGUAACUAUGAAUCUAAGUUUUAUAGGAGUGCAAUUCCACAUAUUCGACCCACAACGAUUGUUGCUGUUGCUUUCAAGAACAGAGACAGCGGAGGUGCUCUGAGGAAGUUCCUUUGUCAUUCUGCAAUGAAGUUGUCGACGGUUUUGAGAGGUUUCCAUCAGUGUAGAAGAGCGAAACAAUAUCAUAUCUUCUUAAUUGUAUUGCGAGUUUGGAAUAAGGUUGGAAGGACAUCAAAUGACAUGGCCUUGAUGUUGGUUGGCAGGGUCUAUAGUUGUUUCAUCGCAAGGUUGAGAAAAGGGGGAUGUGUCAUUGAUCCAGGUUUUAAAAAUAUCAUGCCUGGUCGGAUUCUUAAUGAGAUAAUAUCUGAUGUAAAAAAAAUUAUUUUAGUUAUUUUAUUGUUUGAUGCGAGAUUAUUAACUUCAGAUUGUGGAGAUGGUAUGAUUGAUUACUACUAUUGA